AUGUCGACCAAGCUCAACAAGACAACGAAGGAGACGUGCGACGCGUCGGUGGAGAAACUCAUGGCGGUUGCACACAAGGACGACGAGGGUGUAUGGGUGCACAGGACGAAGCUCAUCGACCUCUGCUGCACCGACGGGGACCUCACCAACUACCUGCUGGGUCCCAACGCUCAGUGCUCUCCCAGGAGGGUAGCGAAAAAGUUUAAGGUCUUGGCGGACUUCACCUCGUGGCCAGGGAGCAGAUGCCAGCUGUACAGUCACACAGAAGACCUCGAGUAUUCCCGAUACUUCAUUUUACGGGAAUGA